AUGCAAGUACCUGAGCCGAUUCCGUUAGAUGACCAUGUAUUUGACUUUGCAUUCCAUCCAAAGGAAUCACUUUUGGUGGCAGGGCUUAUAACUGGUCAUGUACAUUGUUAUCGUUAUGGUGUUGAAGGAAACCAACAAUUGUGGUCGACUCAACUAUCAAAAAAGUCUUGUAGAGGAGUUGAAUUUACACCAGAAGGAUCAGUUUUGAUAUCUAUAUCCAGAGACCGGUCCAUUCAAAAGGUGGAUGUACAGACAGGACGACUAUUGAUGAGAAUGCCAAAAGCACACAAGUAUCCUAUCAAUAAGAUGUGCUUAAUGGAUGAAAAUAUGAUGGCUACUGGUGAUGAUGAAGGUGUGGUAAAGAUAUGGGAUCAAAGGACUCAAAAGGCGGUCAAGGAAUACAAGGUCCAUGAAGAUUUUAUAGCAGAUAUGAUAUUUACUGAUGGAUAUUCGAAUAUUCAAAUAAAUAGAGGCGAUGGCCGAUUAUCGGUUCAUGAUCUAAGAGCGGAUCAACCGACUGGACCACCGGAGCCUGUAGAAGAUGAGCUGUUGUGCCUAAGUAUUCUCAAGAAUGGUACUCAAGUAGUGGCAGGGUCCCAGAGUGGCGCACUAUAUUUGUGGCAGUGGGGCGAGUGGAAGACAAAGACACCUCCGUCAGGCCCUGAUCGGUGGGUUGGCCACCCAAGUUCGGUUGAUAGUCAAUGCAAGCUUGACGAGGAGACUAUUUGUACGGGCGGUAGUGACGGGAUUCUUCGACUGGUCACAAUAGUGCCCAAGAGACGGUUUGAGGGAGUCUUGGGGGACCAUGGCGAGGAUUUCCCGGUCGAGAGAGUCCGGAUGACUGCCCAACAGGACUUUCUAGGUAGCUGCGGCCAUGACCUCCAGCUCAGGUUCUGGGACGUUGGAUUCCUGUUUGAACAAGAAACCAGUAAACCAACAAACACGUUUUAUCACGAUUUAACCUAA